AACCAUUACCAUGUCCUGCGCAUUUUUGUUGAGAUCUACAGCAAGCCGUGCGCUUUGUCCACGCGUUUUCCUUGCAAAUUCAUAUUCUGGUAUCAGACAUGUAUCUACAUACAACACUGACAUAGCUGGGCUCACUGACGAACAAGCGGAGUUUAGGAACGUCGUGGAAGAGUUCGCUCAGCGUGAAAUUGCUCCAAGAGCGGCAGAGAUCGACCGCACAAACACGUUUCCAGUGGAUGUGUGGGGAAAACUUGGGGACAUGGGGCUUCUCGGAAUGACCGUUUCGUCCAAGUACGGUGGGCUUGACCUAGGUUACCUUCAUCACACACUAGCCAUGGAAGAACUCUCACGAGCGUCCGGAUCUGUCGCACUUUCGUAUGGUGCUCACUCUAACUUGUGUGUGAACCAGAUUCAUCGACAUGGAACUGAUUCCCAGAAGGAGAAGUACCUGCCAGAUCUUGUGGCCGGAAAGAAAAUAGGGAGUUUGGCGAUGAGCGAGCCUGGUAGCGGGAGUGACGUCGUCAGUAUGAAGCUGCGAGCUGAUAAGAUAGACGGUGGAUGGAAGCUGAAUGGUAACAAAUUUUGGAUCACAAAUGGCCCCACUGCAUCCACGUACGUGGUAUAUGCAAAGACGUCACCGGUGAAGGGAUCCAAAGGCAUCACUGCAUUCAUCGUCGAGAGGAGUUUUAAAGGCUUCUCGACUCACCAGAAACUGGACAAGUUUGGUAUGAGAGGGAGCGACACUUGUGAACUCGUAUUUGAGAAUUGUGAAGUUCCUGAUGAGAACGUCCUGGGUGAAGUAGAUAAGGGUGCCCGUGUGUUGAUGUCGGGACUGGAUCUUGAGCGCCUUGUGCUGAGCGGCGGCCCUCUUGGUCUGAUGCAAGCAGCGUUUGACUAUGCGGUAGAAUAUAUCCAUCAGAGAGAGCAGUUUGGUCAAGCUGUCGGCACUUUCCAAUUGAUGCAGGCCAAAGUUGCGGACAUGUACACGAAGAUUAAUGCGAGUAGGUCAUACGUUUAUGCUGUCGCUCGCGCAUGCGAUAGGGGCCAUAUUAGCCGCCGGGAUUGCGCAGGUGCUAUAUUGUACAGCACUGAGCGAGCUGUCGAGGUGGCAAUGGAGGGUAUGCAGUGUCUUGGUGGCAAUGGUUACAUCAACGACUACCCCAUGGGCAGAAUUCUGCGAGAUUCGCGUCUGUACACGGUUGGAGCUGGCACCCAGGAGAUACGGCGUAUGCUCAUCGGAAGGGAAUUCAACGAGCAAUACGAGUCAUAGGUCCCUGAGCUGGGAUGUGCGGUACUUUAUGGUUGAUCACCGUUUGCCAUCCACCGCAAUGGGAAUAAUGGUGUGGACUGAUUGGCCAAGCUGUAAUGUAUACAGGAUGGUGACCUCUCGUUAAGAUGUACGUACCUGCUGUCCCCUUUCUCGACAGUGCUUACGCUAGGUGAGAAUGGAUAUUGCUGUGAGGUAUUACGAGCGUGUGCUGGAUCUGAACACAAGUCGGG